CUGUGCCCCGCCCCCUGUCAGUAUCGUUUCCAGGGCUUCCUGAUGUUCAGUUCUUCAGCUGUGUUGCUGAAACUUUAUCUGUCCAGCUGCUCCGGCCAUAGUAAAAGAUGAGCUACCCUGGCUAUCCUCCACAGCCUGGUUACCCUCCUCAGGGUGGGGGUUACCCUCCACAGGCCGGAGGAUACCCUCCACAGGCCGGAGGAUACCCUCCACAGGCCGGAGGAUACCCUCCACAGGCCGGAGGAUACCCUCCAGCAGCAGGGGGUUACCCUCCUCAGGGCGGUGGAUACCCUCCUCAAGCAGGCGGGUAUCCUCCUCAACCCGGUGGUUACCCUCCACAGCCUGGUGCAUAUCCUCCUCAGCCUGGGGCCUACCCAGGCCAGCCCGGUGCUUAUCCCGCCAUGCCUACAGGUGGCUGGGGAGCUCCUGCAGGUCCUGGAAUGCCUGGAAUCGGGCUUGAUAAUAUGUCCAAUCCUGGAUUCAAUCAGCCAGCAAUGCCAGGACCAGGCAUGCCUCAGAUGCCAGGCUACCCAGGGGGACCAGCUCCAGGCCAGCCAAUGCCAGGCUACCCACAAGCCCCACCAUCCAACCCAUCCAUGCCAAGCUACCCACAAGGUCCUGCACCUACUCCGUCUAUGCCUGCCUACCCAAAUACCCCCGCUCCAAAUCCGUCCAUGCCUGCGCAUGGAGGAGGGUUUGGAGGUGGUGCUCCUGCAGUUCCUGCUAUCAAUCGAGGAUUCAGAGGAAGCAUUCCAGAUUGUCCGGGAGCUGAUCCUUUGAAAGAUGCAGAAGUUCUCCGGAAAGCCAUGAAGGGCUUUGGCACUGAUGAGCAGGCUAUAAUUAAUCUGCUUGGAAGUCGCUCCAACAAGCAACGUGUACCUCUCCUGAUUUCAUAUAAGACUGCAUAUGGAAAGGACUUGGUUAAGGAUUUGAAGUCUGAGCUUUCUGGGAACUUUGAGAAGCUGGUGCUGGCCAUGUUAAAGACUCCUGCUCAGUAUGAUGCAUCUGAGCUAAGAGAGGCUAUUAAGGGAGCUGGGACUGAUGAGGCCUGUCUGAUCGAGAUCCUGUCCUCUCGCUCCAAUGCAGAGAUCAGAGAAAUCAAUCAAAUCUUCAAAGCUGAGUACAAGAAAUCACUGGAGGAUUCCAUCAGUGGAGACACCUCAGGACACUUCCGGAGACUGCUGGUCUCUCUUGCUCAGGGUAAUCGUGAUGAGAGAGAGAAUGUGGAUAUAGCAUUAGCCAAACAAGAUGCUCAGACUCUUUAUCAAGCAGGAGAAAAUAAACUGGGCACUGAUGAGUCCAAGUUUAACGCCAUCCUGUGUGCUCGGAGCAAACCUCACCUUAGAGCAGUGUUUAAUGAGUACCAGCACAUGUGUGGCAGAGACAUUGAGAAGAGCAUUGAGAGGGAGAUGUCCGGGGAUCUGGAGAAUGGCAUGCUGGCAGUUGUGAAGUGCAUUAAGGACACGCCAACCUACUUUGCUGAGAGACUCUACAAAGCGAUGAAGGGACUGGGAACUAAAGACCGCACUCUGAUCCGCAUCAUGGUGUCCCGUUCUGAGGUGGACAUGCUGGACAUCCGCCAGGCAUAUGUGAAGAAGUAUGGGAAGUCCCUCUACACAGACAUUUCUGGAGACACUUCAGGGGAUUACAAGAAAUUGCUGUUGAAGCUUUGUGGUGGAAGUGAUUAAGAUGGGGCAGCUUUCAUCGCAGUGAAGAGGAUGAAAUGCUAUGUGUUGUGUUUGUUUAUACAAAUCAUAUUCUCUAUGCACUCUACUACAGUUGCAUGCUGUUGCCAUAAUCUGCAUUAGUUCACAUUUUUGCCAAAGUAUGAAUUUAUAUGCUGUCUUUUAUACAAAUCUUUAUUUUAAAGGGAAUAGCUUAUAUAUAUGUUUUUCUUUAACUAGGCCUUUGACUGACCAUGUUGUAUUUUAAGCCAUAGUUGAAUGAUGAAACAUUUUAAGAAACAUUGGCCAUAUAUAUUUUUGUUGAAAAAAUUAGAGGAGAAGAUAUUUAUGUAUGCUUACAUAUGUUUUAGUAAAGUUUAACUAAAUGUAAAAUGAGUAUUAACCAAAGUGCCAAAUAAAAAGUAGCUUUUGUUUCUGUUAAUUAGGAAAUGUUAAAAUAGAGUAAAAAUAGUAGUUGCUGAAAACUAUGAGAUUUAUUAUUAGAUUAAUACAUAAUGUGUUUAGUAUUGCAAUAGCAACAAAUUAAACACCUUUACAGAGAUUCCUGAUUAGUUUUAACAUUAUGCCAUAACAUUUCUACAUUAUUAUUAUCUUUAUGUGUUUACAUAUUUGUUUUAUUAGACAUUACAGCAAGCACCAAUCGGCUGGGAAAUUAUGAAUGAAUGAAUAAAUAAAUAAGUACAUAAACAAACCCAAUCAGGUAAUUAAAGAGACUUCACUGUG